UAUUUUCGUUGAUUGCGUCUUUGCUAAACAUCUGGUUGAAUAACAUACUGACAGAAGAAAUUUUGAAUGUUGUGUGUAGCUUCCCUUGCAUCUCAAAGACUUUUAUACAUGUUCCAUGUACUCUCCCGGGGUUUUCGGAAUGGCUACCACAGCUCGGUUCUGUGUACAAUAAUGAUGGAUAUGGUGAUGGUGGUCUAGCAUUUAAGCAUUAUGGUUUCUAACUUCCAAUGGAUGGAUUCCUGACCUUCGAAUUGAAAGCUAAAGCUACUUUGUGUAACGAAUGAGCUUAACCAACUUUUCUCUGGAUUAUGGAGGAUGUGGCUCUCAAUAUUCUGAUGAAGGGAAAUUGUAAGUUAUAUUACGUGGCAGGCAGUGGGGUUGGAAGAAUUAGGCUAUAAAGUUGGCAAUCAGAGAACAUUUUAUUGUGCAUGCAAUACAUUUAUGGAGGUUUCACCAUCACAUUUGGUCCGAAAGCAUAGUCAGCAGACAAACAUGCGCAAACUGUCUUCUAAUGGAUCCCAGAAAGAUCUGUGUUUUGCUACGCGGGAUGGUUCAUUAUCUGAAGUAGAUUCAGCUUUGGCGUUACUGAAAAAGAAUGGGGGCAAUAUCAAUUCAAGGAAUAUUUUUGGCCUCACUCCUCUUCACAUUGCGACAUGGAGAAACCACAUUCCUAUUGUGAGGAGGCUAAUUGCAGCUGGUGCUGAUCCUGAUGCAAGGGAUGGGGAAUCAGGAUGGAGUAGCCUACAUAGGGCUCUCCAUUUUGGCCAUCUUGCUGUGGCAAGUGUUCUCCUUCAAUCUGGUGCUUCCCUUACAUUGGAGGACUCCAAAUGUCGAACCCCUGUUGAUCUCCUCUCUGGGCCUGUGAUGCAGGCUGUUGGAAAUGGUCAUGAUGCAGCUGUUACAGAGGUCUUUAGCUGGGGAAGUGGUGCUAACUAUCAACUGGGAACUGGGAAUGCACACAUUCAGAAGUUACCAUGCAAAGUUGAUUCACUUCAAGGCUCUUCUAUUAAGUUGAUAUCUGCGGCAAAGUUCCAUAGUGUAGCGGUUGGCACUCGUGGAGAAGUUUACACUUGGGGAUUUGGAAGGGGAGGUCGGCUUGGACACCCUGACUUCGAUAUCCACAGUGGCCAAGCUGCAGUUAUUACUCCCCGACAGGUUACUUUUGGUCUAGGGUCCUGCCGAGUGAAGGUAGUUGCAGCUGCUAAACAUCACACUGUUAUAGCAACAGAAGGUGGGGAAGUGUUCACUUGGGGAUCCAAUAGAGAGGGUCAGCUUGGUUAUACUUCUGUGGAUACCCAACCAACACCACGGCGAGUGAGUUCCCUUAAACCAAAAGUAAUUGCUGUUGCUGCUGCGAACAAACACACUGCUGUGGUUUCUGAAUCUGGUGAAGUUUUCACAUGGGGAUGCAACAAGGAGGGCCAGCUUGGUUAUGGUACCUCCAACUCCGCAUCAAACUACAUCCCAAGGGUGGUUGAAUCGGUGAAAUUCAAACGUAUGAUAGGAGUAUCAACAUCAAAGUAUCAUACAAUUGUAUUAGGUGAUGGAGAGGUGCAUACUUGGGGACAUAGACAAGUCAACCCAAGAAAAGUAGACAUUGCCAAGUGUAGGAACAGUGGGCCAGUUAAGUUUCAUUAUUUUGGACGAUCUAAAGUGGUUGCCAUAGCCGCAGGGAUGGUACAUAGUAUGGCUCUCACAGCCGAUGGUUCAGUAUUUUAUUGGAAUUCUGCCUAUCCAGAAAGAUGCCAACAGUUGUAUUCUCUCAGUGAGAGAAAUGUGGUCAGUAUUUCUGCGGGCAAAUUCUGGGCUGCUGCAGUUACAGAUACAGGUGAUGUUUACAUGUGGGAUGGAAGGAAAAGUAAGGAUGAACCUCCUGUUACGACCCGGCUGCAUGGUGUGAAGAGGGUUACUUCAGUUUCAGUUGGUGAAACACAUAUGUUGUUUGUUUGUGCUCUUUAUCACCCAUCUUUUCAUCCUAAAUUGGCUGAGAAACCUCAGGAGCCAAUUUUAGAGGUUACUGAUGAAUUAGAGGAGUUAGAUGAACAUUUUAUGUUCACUGAUACGGAAAAGGUGGAAAACAGGAAGAUGUCAUCCAUUGUGCGAAAGGGUGACCCAGAUGACACAUGUGCACCAAGCUUAAAAAGUCUUUGUGAAAAGGUGGCAGUGCAGGCUCUGGUGGAGCCAAAAAAUGCUAUACAGAUGCUUGAAAUUGCUGAUGCUUUGGGAGCAGAUGAACUGAGGAACCAUUGUGAGGAUAUGGCCAUUCGCAACCUAGACUACAUAUUUACUGUCUCUACACAGGCUGUGGCAAGUGCGUCACCUGAUGUUCUGGCUAAUCUGGAGAAACUAUUGGAUUCAAGGUCCUCUGAGCCGUGGAGUUACCGUAGGCUGCCAACCCCGACAGCUACUUUUCCUGUCGUCAUCAAUAGUGAAGAGGAGGACAACGAGAGCGAAUGCCUCAGGGUUCGUGCCAAUCCUUUGAAACACAUCUUAAAGAAUCAGGGGUACCAAGGAUCAGUCUACUUUCAACAGAAUAAAGAUGGUGCUAAUCCAUCUGUCCUAAAAGCAAUCCGUAAUCUGCGGAAGAAGUUGCAGCAGAUUGAGGUGCUUGAGAUAAAACAGUCUAAUGGCCACCUUCUUGACGAGCAGCAAAUUGCAAAACUACAAACAAAGCCGUUUCUUGAAAGUUCACUUGCUGAGUUUGGUGUCCCAGUUGAGACACAAGAGGAUGCUUCAUCUCCUAUGUUGCUGGAUGGGAAAGGGAAAAAGGUUGAUGUACCUAGAAAACAGAGGAGAAAGAGUAAACAGAAAAUGGCACAUGUGGAAGCUGCCUCUGGAAGCACUGGGACUGGUAUAGAGCCUGUCCCUGUAAAGGGUUUCUUGAGUGUUGAGAUCCCUCAAACUCCCGAGCAUAAGGAGGAUACAGAUUUUGAGGAGGCUGACAGCAGCCACAUCAUGGAAGUGUCUCCUUUAUAUAGUCUGAAGAAAGAAAAUCCUGACUCCCGCCAUGGCAAGAACCAGUUGCCUACCAUUUCUAAGAAGAAGAAAAAGAAAGGUGGUCUUUCAAUGUUCUUGAGUGGUGGCCUUGAUGAUGAUCGCAAACAUGCUGCUGCCCCGUCUCCAAUGCCCAAAAAUGAAGGCCCUGUAUGGGGUGGGGCGAAGAUUUUUAAAGGAUCCAGUUCACUGCGUGAGAUCCAGACUGAGCAGAGCAAAACAAAGGAAAGUCAGCCAAGUAGGGCGGGUAAGGAUAUGAGUGAAGAUCUUGUUGAUGGAAGAAGUGGUGGACAAAUCCGAUUGGGUUUGUUCAUGCCGGUGGGUACGGUAUCUAGCCCAAUAUCUGUGGGUUCUGCUCGUGCAUCACCAAUGUCUGAUGGAGAGAAAAGCACGCCCACCUGGGCUGCUGCAGGGACUUCUCCUAUAUUCUCCAGGCUAUCUCUUAGGGACAUUCAGCUGCAGCAGGAGAAAAACCAGCAUGCUCUUGCUCACAGCCCAAAAACUAGAACGGCUGGGUUCGCUGUCUCUUCUGGCCAGGGCUCUCCAUCAGACACUGCUAGCUCCAAUCGCUGGUUCAAACCAGAGGUUGAUACAACCUCAUCAAUCCGUUCAAUUCAGAUAGAGGAGAAGGCAAUGAAGGACCUCAAGCGCUUCUACAGCAGCGUUAAGUUGGUGAAAAAUCCUACCCAAGUCAUAUGAUCUCUAACCAGUAGAUGUAGUGAUUUUUAUUUUUGGGCCCAUGGUAUUCUUUUUGUGUUGUCUAUUCUCCCUUAGAUGUAAAUUUUCUGUACAGAUGAUCUGGUUGUACAUUCAACUGUCAUAAAGUAGGUUCAUCAUCAUCUUCU